GUUCUCAUAUGUUCAGAUGGAGAAUGUAAUGUAGGGGUGGGAGUUGUAGUCACAAGGCUCAGGUCAGUCUGCAGUCACAUGGUUUGUGUUUGCAGUUCAGAGCGCUGGACAAACUUCUGUUACACACAUGAAAGUCUUUCAUGAGUCCUCUGUGAAAUAGGCUACUGAAAAUCAUAUAGCGACAUUUAAACGCAGGAGUCAGGAAAUAAUGGAAAUACCAGCCAUAAAUCUUAAGGCCAUCGUAUUGGUUCAUUGGUUACUGACAGUCUGGGCAUGUUUGUUUUCUUGGCUUCCUUACUCUUAUGUGUCAGGGAACAUGAGUGUUCUUGCAGUGGGAGUUUGGGCCAUAGCACAGAGAGACUCCAUAGAUGCAGUUUUAAUGUUCUUGAUUGGGUUGGCUGUCACCAUCAUGACUGACAUUGUCCAUUUUGGGUUGUUCUACACUCAGCCUGAAGGCUUGUCCGUGAGCACUAUGCGGGACACGUUCCGCUUUAGUGCGGGCAUGGCCAUCCUGAGCCUGAUCCUUAAACCUGUUUCCUGCUUCUUUGUCUACCAGAUGUACCGUGAGCGGGGUGGAGACUACAACGUCAACUUUGGUUUCCCAACAAUAACUCGAAACAGAGAUACCUACCAAUCCUUUGACCAGCAAGAUCAGUCUGGCAGCACUGCCAACCCAUUUGGCCAAGCAGAAGACAACAAGCCUGGACCAUGUUCCUACUAAAACUGACCAAACCCAACAUUUGACCAAAUACCAACAAUUAUGUGCAGCCAAAAGCCAUCAGUGUUAGUUAUUUUAAAUUUAUUUUUGUUUUUCAGAGAGAUUAUUUGGUUUUAAUAUGUUCUUAAAGGGGUAAUGACAUGAGGAAUCACAUUUUCAUUGAUCUUUUGACAUAUAAGAGGUCAUUGUACUAUAAAAAUGCACUGUAAGUUUCCGAACUCAAAACUUCCUCCUCAUUGCAAAAAGAGCAUUCGUUGAAACCAAGCUGCCAAAACGACUCAUUCUCUACUUCUUCCACAUUAUGAUGUCACACUGUGGUAGACAUUUGCAUCUCACUGCCUCCAUCUCAUCAACGCCUACUUUACCUUAUCACUUCCAUAGCCCCGCCUGGUAGCGAUGAGCAGUGAGAUGGCAAGCAGAGAGCAGGUCAUUCAAGAGCAGAGAGCCAAUCAUGUCAGUGGGCAUUUACUGUCAAGUCUUAAAGGAGAAGCAACACCAAAACCAAGCGAUUCUGACAGAGGGUCAGAAUGAGGGUGGAAAAUUAUAUUUUACAAAUAUAUUACUGUUUUUUUUUUUGUUGUUUUUUUUUUUGUGCAUUAAAAGUGAAGCUCAAGGAACAUAUUAAAAUAAUCCAAAAAGGCAUGUCAUGACCUCUUUAAGGACUUUAGCAGUUCCUGCUAUUUUUAAAGGAUAUGUUGCUACAGACAUUUGAGAAAAUAAAUAUUACAUCUAACAACAGGAAAUAAAAGGUAAAGUCAACUUCACAUCUGCUUUUCCAGGAGUUCUCAUGUUCAGAUCAGGUAAUUGAGAGGGCUGUAGAACAUUUCUAUAUUUGCUCAUUACAGGUUAUAUACAUCGGCAUGAAUUAACUGUUUUCAAAGGAUGACCCCUCACUUGGUUUGUGGUAUUGAAUGAUAUUCUCUAUUUUCGGGUGUUUAGAAGUCUCCUGCUAAGUGUCCAUCAGAAUUUAUUUGUGAGAUGUAACUUGUCAACACUGUUCUUCUUUUGCAGUUUGUUUGUACUUGACACUAUGGCCAAAAGUAUGUGGAAAAUUGGACACUCCCAUAUGUGCUUUCAGUAUUCCAAUUAAUCCCAAUGGGGUUCAGGUCAGGGCUUUGUGCAGGCAACUGAAGUUCUUCCACACCAGAUAUAGUAAACCAAUUCUUCAUGGACCCCUUCAGUAGGAACGUGGUCCAGGGUUAUUGCCAUGCUGGAACAUAAAAGGGCCCUCCCCAAACUGUUGCUACAAAGUUGGAAGCACGCAAUUCUCUGGAAUAUUAUUGUCACAGCAUAAAGAUUUAUUUACUGGAAUUAAGGGGCCUAGACAAACCAUUUCAGUAAUUAGAAAACGAUGUCCACAUACUUUUUGCCAUGUAGUGUUGUCAUAGUUUUUAACAUUUAUCUUUUAACAAACCUUAAAGGGAUAGUUCACCCAAAAAAAUUAAAAUUCUCAUUUACUCACCCUCAUACCAUCCCAGAUAUGUAUGACUUUUUUUCUUUUUUGGAAGAAUAUUUCAGCUCUGUAGCUCCAUAAAUUACAAGUGAAUGGGUGUCAAAAUCAUAAAUUUCCAAAAAGUACAUAUUGCCAUCAUAAAAAUAAAUCCAUACAACUCCAGUGGAUUAAUUCAUGUCUUCUGAAGCAAACCGCUAUGUGUGUGUAAGAAAUAGAUCAAUAUUUAAAACUUUUUUUUUUACUCAAAAUAUUCGCUUCCGACCAGCUGUGGUAUGCACGAUCAUAAGGGUGGACCGCAUCUCGCCUGACAUAAGCAUGUUGGCAUGUCGAUAUCAUUGGAUUCUUCGGCUGGUCUGAAAUCGGCAGGGGAUAAUGUUACACAAGAGGCAUACGUUAUGCAAGAGGCAGCAUGUAUUCGACCCUCAUGACCAUGCAUACCACAGCUGGGCAGAAGUGAAAUUUUAUAGUUACAUUUUUUUUAAAUAUUGAUCUUUUUCUUACACCUAGUGUUUCCUCUCAGAAGAGAUUAUUUAAUCCACUGGAGUCAUAUGGAUUACUUUUAUGAUGGCUAUGUUUGCUUUUUGGAGCUUCGAAGUUUUGGCCACCAUUCACUUCGCAUUGUAUGGACCUACAGAGCUGAAAUAUUCUUCUAAAAAUUGUAAUUUGUGUUCAGCAGAAGAAAGAAAGUCAUACACAUCUGGGAUGCUAUGAGGGUUAGUGAAUGAUGAGAGAAUUUACAUUUUUAGGUGAACUAAUCCUUUAAGUAUUUUUCUGUUUGAUAGGUACACCAACAUCAUCUUUCAAAGAUUCAAAAGUUCCUAAAUGUUCAAACCAUAUGCCAUGCAAUAUGUUCUCUAUUUACAGUAUGAUUCAUUAGAUUGGUCAUGCACACUGGAUUAUGUACUUUCUAAAUUUAGUAAUGCUGAACUUUGAAGUCUGAGAAUUUAGAUUUUUCUAUCAAAUUCUGCUACCUCUAAAUCAGAGGUGAGAAAAUGGGUUUUGGAACGAGAUAAAUACAUUUAGAGACAAAUAUGUAAAUGAAUGCUAAGCACUUCCUUAAUAUGCAAAAAAAAAAUUACAGAUGGUCUGUUAAGAAGAAAAUGCCAAUAUCAGCUUUCCAAUUUCAACAAUUUAACAGAUUUCAUUAAUUUUAAUUCACCAAUGCCUUAGUGCAUGUGCUAUGGCACUGUUUGUUUCAAACCCAAAACAGGUGCUUUCUUAAAAGGGUUCACCCAGAAAUGAAUUUGAGGUCAACUAUCCCUUUAAGCACAACCAUGAGUGUUAUUUUGUCAGCUAUGUAAGCUCAAAGAUAAUAUAAGAUGUACUAGUCUAUGACUUCCAAUUGCAAAUCUCACUGUUUCACUUUGUAAUAAUAACCAAGUACAGAUGCAGUGUGUUAAUUUAUUAUUAUUAUUUGGAAAGCUGGAUGGUCAUAGUGCAAAUACUUGUGUGCAAUGUAACUUCAUGUCAAUAUUUUUAAAUAUGCUUGUCUUUUAAUUAGAGCUUUGGGCUCAUGACUGUACCAGAAACAAAAUGCUGGAACACUGAAUGCUUUUGGAAAUGUUUAAUGAUGUUCAAACAUCCUGUUUGAGAAUGAUUGCUAAAGAGGUGGCUUGAGUUGUCAUGAAAUCAAACCGUGCUGUUGUAGUGUGUUGUGCUUCAGUUGUACUCUUUCUGGUUGUGUUUAAAAGCUUGAUGCAACACACUAGUUUCACCAGAUUGACCACAGAAACCAGAACAAUUAUGAUUUCAGACAGACAACAAACAAAUCUACUACAUGUCAAGUAGGGAUAUUGAAGCGGCCAUUUGUUGAAUUGUCUAGUUUUGUCAGUGUAAAAUGAUUAUUAAUGAAGUCUCUAGUUUCUGAAGCAGAAAGGUAGCCGUGUGAUGCAUCCGUAUGGUGAAAGUAGAUCUGUCUUUCACUUUGUGUUGCAACAGAGACACAAAUGUCUGAAGCCACGUGGUAAAAUCACACUUGGUUACACCCAAACUUGCAGCUUGCACAGCUGUUUCUGGUCUAUCUGCUUGAUCUAAAUUAUUAUUAUUAUUAUUUUUUAUUGUCCUCUUCAUUUGCCAAGUGGUAGCAAACACUUUGUAUUCCCACUGUUUGGUUUUCAUACCUACUUGGGAUAUUACAUGUUGUCAUAGAAACGCCACACUGCAUGAAACAUUUAUUCAUUUAAAUUAGAAUUGUGUUUUGGAUAAUGUUGCAGCUUUCAUUGGCAGAAAGGAUCAUUAAAGUGGUCUUGAUAAUGUUUCAAAUAAAGGAUGGAUCAUUAUUUCAAAGAUUAGCUGUGUUUUUAGGCCUCUACACCAACAUACUUCCUUUAUUUUGUCAUCUGUUCUUGGGUAGGGUUUGGAGCCAGAGAUGAUUUUUAACAGUAUGUUUAAGAUAUCUAUGAAUAUUGACCUUGCAGACUUUCAAACAUAUCCACACAAUCAUGGUUUUUAUGUUAUAGGGUGAAUAAAGAGAAAGUGGGACACCUUGUUUCUGAGUAAAAUGUAGAGGAACUUUUUUUAAUGGCUUUUUAAACAUUUUCAAUGGUAUUGUCUGAGGGGUUAAGCCAUUUGCCAUUUAAAACAUCACCAAUUACAUAUUAUCAAAAAGUGUCCCACUUUAGCUCUAUUCAUCUUAUAUUAGAUAUGUUUUUUUCUCUAUAACUCAUUUCAGUUCUCAUCUUCUGACAUGCUUAACACAAAUUGACUUAUUUAUUGUAAAACUCAUGCUGUUGAUGUAAUGAGUACAUGAAAUAUUAAUUUCACAAGCUCUUCUCUUCUCUUCUCUUCUCUGAAAAUUGAACUGAAAGUGUUUCUGGAAUAUUCUAAUCUUAAUACAAAUUACAAAAAUACCAGAUAAUAUUUGAAUCAUUUUUGUUAAGUUUUGGUUUUAGUAGAAUGUCAAAUAAAACCCUAUUAUUUCAUUUUGGAAA